AUGAAGAAGAUGACUAUGGUGAAGACAAUGAAGGAGACGGAGAUACUGAUGGACCAGACGAUGAGGAUGAUGAGUGGCACAGUGAUGGAGUUGAGUACGAUUGGGACCACUGGGACGAGUUUGUCAGAAAUGACGGGAAGAGAUCGGCUGACGAUGAUGAUUUUGUGGAUGAGCCACCACAUUUUUCGUCGAGGUAUCAAAGUUUACCGAGAAGCGGGAAAUCCGCACCUUCGAAGGAGAUGUAAUGAUGGACCCGCCGCUUUAGAUGAUCAAACGUCCGUAAUGGCUGCUCUGCUUGCCGACCCUUUAGGGAGUCAUGAGGAUAUAUUUCUCGAAACCCCUCCACAGAAGGAGAACACGAGAAGGAAAUGGCCGACGCUAUGCACUACAAUGUUGGCGAGGAAUUUACGGAUCCAGCUCCUAAUCGUUGUUCUGGCAUCGACGCAGGUUUCCGAAAAUUGGAGUGAUUGGAUUGAGGAAAGGGCUUCGGAUGGUUGA